CCCUCGAAGGCAACAGGCACGAGCACACAGGCAGCGCUAGCAAAAAGGAGCACAGGCGCAAAGAGAGGGCACUGCCACGCAACGCAUCAUGAGGUGAAAAACGUAGGAGGUGGGUGGGAUUCAAUCGUCACGAAGCUGACCGACGACCUCUCCGCAGCGCGGCGGCUCCACAAACGGUCUCUCUCCGCCAAAUCAACAUUUGCAUCAAUCGUGACGGAGGCCUUGCUUUGCCGGGAACUCCUCCGCGUGUCGAUGCUUCCGCGCAAUGUGCCCAACCCGAUGUCCUGCCCGCCCUGCUGCACCUCAGCCUUCCGGGAGAUCACGCGGCCCA